AUGGCUGGUGGUGUUACCGUUCGCGAUGUUGAUGCGCACAAGUUCAUCAAGGCCUACGCUGCCUUCUUGAAGCGUCAGGGCAAGCUCCCCAUUCCUGGCUGGGUUGAUACCGUCAAGACUGGUAUCUCCAGAGAGCUCCCUCCCCAGGACAUCGACUGGUACUACGUCCGUGCCGCCUCUGUUGCCCGUCACGUCUACCUCCGCAAGACCGUUGGUGUCGGCCGUCUCCGCAAGGCUCACGGUACCGCCAAGAACCGCGGCUCUCGCCCCUCUCACCACGUCGAUGCCUCCGGCUCCGUUGACCGCAAGGUCAUGCAGUCCCUCGAGAAGAUCGGUGUCCUCGAGCAGGAUGAGGAGAAGGGUGGCCGCCGCAUCACCCAGGCUGGCCAGCGUGAUUUGGACCGUAUCGCCCAGACCACCGCUGAGGCUGAGGAGGAGGAUGAGGAUGACGAGUAA